AUGAGCCGGGAGAGACAGAGAGGAAGGAGAGUGAAGCCACAAUAGAGACACCAGCAGGUGCUGAGGAUAGAAAAAAAGAAUAGAAUAGAACUAGGGUGCCAAAAAAGCAAGAUAAUCUUGGAAAAGUGUGUUAAAAGAUCUAGGUGAAGAGCAUAAAAUAGUCAGACAAAAAGUAAAACAAUCUGCUUAUUUUUUCCUAAGCUGGAGCCCACUUAUAUUUGUUUCAGCCACCUUCACUGAGCUCUUCACUCUCCUUCUCUUUUACGGAUUUUCCUUCCUUGGAUCAUCCCCUCCUCCUCCUCCUCCUCCUCCUCCUCUUCGUCCUGACAGACAGUGCCACCAUGGAAACUGGGAGCCCCAGGAAGAUACAGUUCACCGUCCCCCUACUGGACACCCACCUGGACCCAGAGGCGGCCGAACAGAUCAGAAGACGUAGACCCACUCCUGCCACUUUAGUGGCAUCCAGUGAUCAAUCAUCACCUGAAAUAGAUGAAGAUCGUCUCCCAAACCAGCUGUACAAGGCAGCCUUGUUGAACUCCCCUCGACAACGGCGAAAAGGGCAAAAAGGAACUCCUACAAUGAAAGAGCUGCAGUUCAUGGUGGAGCACCACCUGUACAGGCAGCAGCAGGGAGCUGGGGACGAGUGCUCCUCAGAGAGCUGCCUGUCAGACCGGCCCAGCCCUGACUCUGUUCCCACCGGGGAGGAGCUCCCACACGACGACGAGGCCACUGCGGAGGCCUUUGAGAAACUGCGCUGCCAAAUGGAGGAGUUCUCCAGGGAGAGUCUAUUAGAGGCUGCAGGUGGACUCGAGCACCCCCCCUCCAAGGAGAAAGAGGAUUGUUCCAAUGUAGCAGAUCCUUCGUCGCAACAAAACAACACACAAGCAGACACAAAAGCUGCAGCAUCCACUGCGAGUCAGCCGGCAGAGGAAAAGACAAAGAAAUGCAGCCAGGAGAAGGAGAAAUAGAGUUUUCCUCUGUACAACACAAUGCUGCUCAGUCUGCUCAGCCAGCCCAACACAAUGACAGAAGAUUGUGUCUGCAGAUCCACUUUUUAGAAACAUCAGGGCAUAUAGUAUAUUCCUCUACAGUCAGGCCUUAGUUACCACCUCGAGAACAAGAACAAAGGUUUCUACACUUAUUUUGUGUCAAAAAUCCUGCGUAAAGGGACGAUUAUUUAAUUAUUUUUGUUUUCUAUUGCUUCCCCUGCGCUCACCUAAAACUAAAACUAGCCUACUGUAAGUAUGAACCAGACUGGGAGGUAAUAUCUAGUUAAUGGGACACAGUCUUUUCCUGUCUCUGUCACCCAAUCAUUAUCAUAAACCACCACAACUCACAUGCUUAAUGUCUCUUUUAAUGUUCAAAGGCAACAAAUAUUCUAUCUGCAAUCCUUUUAGGCAAUUUUCCUCAUUAAAUAUGUGCCAUGACUUCUGCAAUGAUCGUUCCAUCUCAGAGCAAUAAAAAUGAAUUUGUACCUCAUAAAUAACUUGGACUGAAACCAUCUUUUUAAAUUCAAAUGUCAUCACUUAGGCCCCGUAUAUUUGGGUUGACUGACAGUUUAAAUCCUCAAAUAUAUGUUUACACUACUAGAUUGGACAUCUACAAAUACAUUCUUAAAGUCCAACUGAAAUUAACGACAUCUUUUUUUCUGUUAAAGUAUAUACAGCUGCAACAAAUUAAUUUAUUAGUCGAUCAGCCGGAAAUUAAUUGGCAAGUAUUUUGAUAAUCGAUUUAAUUUUUUUUUAAAAACCCAUAAUUCUCUGGUUUUAGUUUCUGCAAAGUGAUCUGUUUGCUUUAGUCCACCACAGUUAUAAACGUAAUAUUUUUGGGUUAUUGAACAAAACAAGACGUGAAGAUGUCAUGUUGAAUUCUGGGAAACUGUGAGGGAGAUUUUCAGCUAUUUUCUGACAUUUUAGAGACAAAUUGUUUAAUGGAAAUAAUCAGUAACAAUUAGCAGAUUCAUUGCUAUGAAAAUAAUCAUCAGUUGCAGCAAUAACACCACACAUGUAUGCAGAAACCAAAAUGGAGAGAUGUAUAUAUAUAUAUAUAUAUUUUGUUUUUUUUGUUUUUUUUGUUUUGUUGUUUUGUUUUUGUUUUGUUUCAUCAUGACACCCCUGAUUUUAGCAUUUUUACUUCUUUGUGCAUGUUAUGGCCUACAUAGAUGGAGCGCUUGCCUCCAUACAGCCAAUUAUGCUUCAUUUGAAACCAUAUUUGCAUAAAGCAGUAACCUAACUGUUCUAUCAUGGCCAGUCAGUCAGAGACAAUAGUCAGACAGCAGCCUGCUACACAAUAUGAGACACAGACUUUGAACAACUAAAGUCAAUCCAACUUGCAAACACUCUCCUGCACCUUGUCUUGUUGGACGAGCGACCCAACAAACAUUCACCAGGGGACAACAAUCAGCUUGCAAAUGAGCUGCACAGCUGCAGCACAUUAAACAGCAUGUUAACGAACCUACAGAUGUCACUUCAGUCCUGGUAGAUGCUGGUGUGAUCUUUACUCUUGACUACCACGAACAACACACCGUCUGCCUGUGACUUCCAAACUAUAGUGUAGGUUUGUUUGUCUCUCCUUGUCCUGCCAGAGGAAAAUCUACCAGCUGCUGUCAGUCACUCACAAACACAGACACACCCCCAGCUGCUGAGAAGAAAAGGAGUAUUUCUGAUCUUUUCCCAAGACCUUUUUUUUUUUACUUAGCUUACUAUAGUUACGUAUAAAAAACAUAUUGACAGUAACAUGUUGUUGACAUUAUUUUGACCAUAAAGAGGGACAGCUAUAUGUGAUUUCAGUUGGACUUUAUUACUUUUAUUACUGGUAAUAUAUCAAUUAACAAUAAUGAUGUCACGUCUAGUUACAGUAACGCACUAAAAACCAGACUUUUACCAGCCGAACCACGUGGUUGUGAAUCCCUGGUUAACUAGCGAAUGUGUCUAAUGUUUUUGACACUUGAACGCUUCUGGAAAUCGAAAUCCUGAUCAUAAAACACUUUCUUGCAUGGUACUGAUUGUACAGUGACGUUUUCCUAAGCCCAAGGUCUUUGUUGUGAUUCAUUUUGAAUGGGAAUUAAUUUAAACAUUUUAAAUACCAGACACAAACUGUAACUACUGGCAUUCCCUUUUGAUUCUAGUUUUGUAUGCAACAAGAACAUCACCAUCAAAGUCAUCACCACACUAUUCCAGUAAACGUUGGUCAUCUCAUCAGCUCAUUUGUAUCACUGAAGUUAAUGUAGAUUAUGUGACAAUCCUUCCAUAAACUUCACCAUCAUCUCGACAUGUGUGAAUGAAGCAAAACAAAACAAAAGAAUAAAAACUGAAACAGAAAACUGAAGCCACCCUAGUAUUGAUGUCACUUUAGCAGAUUAAUUAGCCACACUAUGAGCAGUUCAUCUACCAGCUGCCAACAAUGACCACUAUGUCCACAAUGAACAAGACAAACGGUAAAACAUUCCUGUGCAAGCUUUCGUUUAUUUCUUCUGCAGUGUAUUUAUGGACCACGUAAUGUUUGUUCUGUUUUUGAAUGGUAAUAGUGUAUUUACAUGAUUUAAAUCUGGGGAGUUUUUUGUUCCAAUUUUACUUGAAUUGAUUGACGAUUACAUCUGUAAUCUAAAUUUGUUUGAUACAAUAAAAUGUUUAAAUUGGU